CAUGUCAUGAGCCUCACGUCACCGCGGGCCUCACUCUCCCCCGGCCUUAAAGCGCCCCCUUCCCAUCGCAAAACCCUCACUCCCGUCCUAAAACCCCUCGUCACAAACUCUCUUUCUCGGAGAACCACAGCCAAAAACCAUGAGCUCCUUCACCAACACCACUAAUUUCGACGACCUUGUCCUCCAAACCCUGAUGGGUCGCCUCCAAAUCGGCCCUUCGACCAACCAGUUCAACUCCCAGUCCCUCGAGGACCUCCUCUUUGAUGCCGCUAAUCUCUCCGAAGAUAACAACAUUAACGACGAAAAGAGUAGCUUGUUGGCUCAGCUCGCCAAUGAAGAAAACAAACUCGAAAACGAAGUCAUCCGGAUCAUCCACAGCGGCAUGAUAGAUACCCUCAGACCCAAUUCCGGCCAGGCCGUCACCGUCGGCGACCACAACAUUUGCGUCCGGUUUCAAGACGAGACGGACUCGGAUUACCGGGUAUGGGAGUGGCAUGGGCACGUAAUGAUUUUUAGCGACGAGCACGGGUACUCACCCGAGUAUAUAUAUGGGAAUUACUUUGAGAGGCUGUUGGUUAAGCCGCGUGGUAGGGGGGAGCAGAAGGAGGAGGAGAAGGAAGAGAAGGUGGGGAACUUGGGUCUGAGGGAGUUGAUUGAUGGUGGAGAAGCCGGUGGUGCCCGUAUUCUUCAUCGGAGCAUGAGUAAUGGUUCUCCAAGGUUUUAGUGAAUCGUUUUCACAUCAGUCAGCAAAAGAAGUUUUAGGUUUUAAAAUCUUAAAGAAAGAAGUUGCUCUCAUCCAGUUUGUAAUAAUCACUCUGCUCAAGAUGUCCGAUGCAGGUUUUGAGUUUUCAUCUGUUUUUAUGAUACCUUUCAUUUGCACUUGUAAUACAUGUUUGGCAACAUAGAAGAUGCGAGAAAUAAUUUUACAAAAUUAGCUCUGUUCAGCAGAACAAAAAUGUGAAUUAAACUGCUUAUUUACUUAUAUGCACUAAAUUUAUGCUUGCCUGACUA